UGAAUAAAGUGUCAAAAAGAAAAACAUAAGAAUGGAGACAAGUAGAAACAAUAGAGGUGGCAGGUAGAGAAGAAAUAUGACUAAUUUUUCAACCAAGAAAGAGGCUGCAUGGUCAACAAUACAGUUUACCUGCAAGACUAAUAACAAGGAAGAAACCUCUGUUUUCUCCUUUAUGCUUCAAACAUAUUUCCAACUUUAGAAGCUUCAAUUCACCAAAAUCUUCCAUACUUCUAAUAACCAACAACAAGAAGUUUUUUGGCAAAGACAAGAAGUCCAAGAAAUCUCCUUUUUAACGCUUGCCUUUUUUUCUCCCCAUACAAAUAUUACACAGGGGAUGAUGUUUGGUGUGUUAGCUCAUCUCCUCUUGUCAUCUUCCCACAUCUCUUCUGAUUAACCAAACUUCCCUAUCCCUCUCUAGACUUUAAUUCUCUACCCUCUUUUCAUCUCUUUCUACUAUGGAACUUCCGGUUACAGCACCGGAUUCCGGUGGCCGGAAUAAAGUUUCUUAUACCAUAGAAACCAUAAAUCUUUCCUAUGCACUCCCUAGUUUACAUGAUGAAUUCAGUUGGAUUUUUUGCUGCAACAUUCCUAAGAUACCCCAGAAGUUCAUCAUUAAGGAUGUCAAUUGUGAAGCAAGGCCAGGACAGAUUACAGCUAUUGCUGGUCCUAGUGGAGCUGGAAAAACAACACUGCUAGAAAUUCUUGCAGGGAAAAUAUCACCAACAAAAGUCACUGGCCAGGUACGAGUUAAUGGUCAUCCUGUGAAUGCCAAAUGUUUUCGAAGAUUAUCAGGGUAUGUCACCCAAGAAGAUGCCCUGUUUCCUCUGCUUACAGUUGAAGAAACACUCAUGUAUAGUGCUCUUCUGAGGCUACCAGGUGGGGAAAAAGAGGCUGCAAAUAGAGUUGGAGUGCUGAUCAAGGAGCUUGGUUUGGAACAUGUAGCUGGUUCCAGAGUUGGGGAAGGAUCAAACAAGGGGAUUUCAGGUGGUGAAAGGCGUAGGGUGUCGAUUGGAGUUGAACUAGUACAUGACCCUGCUGUGAUUCUCAUUGAUGAACCAACUUCUGGGCUGGAUUCAGCAUCAGCACUUCAUGUCAUAUCACUGCUUCAGCUGAUGGUGGCUAAUCAAGGCAAGACAAUUGUCUUGACUAUCCACCAACCCGGUUUUCGGAUUCUUGAACUGUUUGAUCGACUUGUUUUGCUGUCAAAUGGUUGUGUUCUUCACAAUGGUUCACUGAAAUACCUAGAAGAGAGGAUCAAGUUUUCUGGUCUCCAGAUUCCACCCCACAUCAAUGUGCUUGAAUUUGCCAUUGAUGUCACAGGCAGCAUAGUAAUUCAAACUUCUGAAACUCCCAAUAUCCAUUUCUAUCUCAAGGAUCAUGAUGAAAAGAGGGAAAGCCUAAGGGUAGAUGAUGAGGGAAUUACAAUUUCCAACCACAAUGACAUUGUAGAGAAGUGUCCUUUCUACUCAAAUUCUCACAUUGAGGAGAUCUUAAUACUGGGAGGAAGAUUUUGUAAGAACAUAUUCAGAACCAAGCAACUUUUUGCGACCAGAAUAAUACAAGCAUUGGUAGCAGGCUUUAUAUUGGGGUCAAUAUUCAUGAAUGUUGAUAACAACCUAGGGCAGGUUGCUUUUCAGACCAGACUAGGAUUCUUCGCGUUCAGUCUAACAUUCUUGCUCUCCUCCAUGACAGAAGGCUUGCCCAUUUUCCUGCAAGAGAGAAGAAUCUUUAUGAGGGAGACUUCAAGAGGAGCAUACAGAGUAUCCUCUUAUGUUGUGGCUAACACCUUUGUCUUCCUUCCUUUCCUCUUAAUGGUUGGGCUUCUAUACACUGUCCCAGUUUACUGGCUCGUUGGUCUAAGGCGAAACAUGGAUGGGUUCCUCUACUUUGCUAUGGUGGUUUGGAUGGUUGUCUUAAUGUCAAAUUCUUUCACAGCAUGUUUCAGUGCACUUGUGCCAAACUUCAUCAUGGGAACAUCUAUUAUUGCUGGAUUGAUGGGGUCUUUCUUCCUGUUCUCGGGCUAUUUCCUUUCGAAAAAGAAGAUACCUAAUUACUGGAUCUUCAUGCAUUACUUAAGUCUGUUUAAAUACCCAUUUGAGUGCUUCUUGAUAAAUGAGUAUGGAGGUAAGGGAGGUAAAAGAUGUUUAGAAAGUGAAAGAGGAGAAUGCAAGUUGUUUGCAAAUGACUUCUUGAGACAGCAAGACCUCAAAGAAUCACAGAAAUGGAGCAACUUAGCUGUGAUGCUGUGUUUCAUCUUAGGUUACAGAGUCCUCUGUUACCUAAUUUUAUGGUACAGAUGUUACAGAACCAGAAGUUAGGCUUUUCAUUCUUUUGUCUUUUCCAGUUUUCUUUCGCUUCUUAUUCAGAUUAUUAAAUUGAUUGGGAAAGUAGAUGUAAUUACACUGAAGAAGAUGGAUUAGUUAUUGGGGUGAAUAAAUUCUUUCAUGUUCAGAUUUCAUAUGAAAUAAAAGUUCUCCGAUCCAUGUUAUAAUUCGGUAAGAAUGAGAUCUUAAGGUAAACUUGGUGCAGGGGCAAACCUUACAGCAUCAGGAGACUCAUUUCUUUGUCAUUCGUUAUCCAUGUUCCCAGUGCACUUCAGGCACAGGGAGAGUAGUGUAUGUUGCUGGCGGACCAUAUGAGAACUACGGCAAGAUAAUAAAUGAUGUGCAAGGAG